AGCCUUUUUCAUGCGUAAUUGCAUAGUAGUGAUUACUUAUAGGAAUUAUAGGAAUGUUCUUUGGGUUACUUACGUACUUAUUUUUCUUAAUUUUAUGUCUGUGUUAAUGUACACAGGUGCACAUGCAUGAAUAUGCAUGUGGAGGUCAGAGGUCAACCUCUGGCUCUAUUCCUCAGGGGCUAUCCACCUUGCGUUUUGAAACACUGUCUGUCUCUCAGUGGGACCUGAUGCUCUCCAAUGCCCAGGAGUCCUAGUGCAUCUGCCUGGCCAGCACUGAGAGCAUAAGAACAUGCCCAGCCGGUUUACAUGGAUGGCAGGAAUUGAACUCAAGGCCUCAUACUUGCAUGACAUAUACAUUACCGACUGAGCCAUCUCCCUAGCCAGGACUGACUGAAUAGCACGGACAUUGGGAGCUUACUCAUGGUGGAGACAGCCAUCUUGGAUGGUAGACAAUAAAAGAGUGAGGAUGACUCCAAACCUGCCAUGGCUCCUGUCAGCUCUGACUCUUCUGCAUCUGAUGAUGCACGCAAAUGGUCUGAAGAGAGGGGUACAGGAUUUGAAAUGCACAACCAACAACAUGCGAGUGUGGGACUGCACGUGGCCAGCUCCCCAUGGGGUCAGCCCUGGAACUGUUAAAGACAUUUGCAUUAAAGACAGGUUCCAUUCUUGUCAUCGAUUGGAGACAACAAACGUUAAAAUUCCAGCUCUGUCACCUGGUGAUCACGAAGUCACAAUAAAUUAUCUAAAUGGCUUUCAGAGUAAAUUCACACUGAAUGAAAAGGAUGUCUCUUUAAUUCCAGCUACUCCCGAAGUCCUGAAUUUGUCUGCUGACUUCUUCACCUCCUCGUUACUACUGAAGUGGAACGACAGAGCUUCUGCACUCCCUUACCCCUCCAAUGCCACCUGGGAGAUUAAGGUUCUACAGAAUCCAAGGACAGAACCCAUAGCACUAGUGUCACUCAAUGCAAUGCUGAGUGGUAAAGAUACAGAUCACCACUGGAACUGGACCUCAGACCUGCCCUUGCAAUGUGCCACUCACUCUGUGAGCAUUAGAUGGCACAUUGACUAUCCUCAUUUCUCCGGGUAUAAAGAGUGGAGUGACUGGAGCCCGCUGAAGAACAUCUCCUGGAUUCGUAAUACUGAGUCUAAUGUUUUCCCUCAAGAUAAAGUGGUACUUGCUGGCUCAAACAUGACAAUUUGUUGUAUGAGUCCAACGAGAGUGCUUUCAGGACAGAUUGGCAAUACGUUUCGUCCUCUCAUCCAUCUUUAUGGGGAAACCGUUGCAAUCCAUAUCCUGAACAUACCUGUUUCUGAAAACAGUGGAACAAACAUCGUUUUCAUCACAAAUGACGAUGUGUAUGGGACGGUUGUCUUUUCAGGCUAUCCGCCCGAUGUUCCUCAGAAACUGAGCUGUGAGACCCAUGACUUAAAAGAGAUUAUAUGUAGCUGGAAUCCAGGAAGGAUAACAGGACUGGUGGGCCCACGAAAUACAGAAUACACCUUGUUUGAAAGCAUUUCAGGAAAAUCGGCAGUAUUUCACAGGAUUGAAGAACUUGCAAAUGAAACCUAUUGGUUAAGCUUGCAAAUGUCUCCUGACCAAGAAAUUCAUAACUUCACCCUAACUGGUCGCAAUCCACUGGGACAAGCAGAAUCAGCAAUAGUCAUCAACGUAACUGAAAGAGUUGCUCCUCAUGUUCCAAUUUCGUUGAAAGUGAAGGACAUCAAUUCAACAGCUGUUACACUUUCUUGGUAUUUACCAGGAAAUUUUACAAAGAUUAAUCUUUUAUGUCAAAUUGAAAUUUGUAAAGCUAAUUCCAAGAGAGAAGUGCGGAAUGCCACAAUGAGAGGAGCGGAAGAUUCAGCUUACCGUGUUGCUGUGCACAGAUUAAACCCGUAUACUCUAUAUACUUUCCGGGUUCGUUGUUCUUCCAAGACUUUCUGGAAGUGGAGCAGGUGGAGUAAUGAAAAGCGACAUUUAACCACAGAAGCCAAUCCUUCAAAGGGACCAGAUACUUGGAGAGAGUGGAGUUCUGAUGGAAAAAGCCUAAUCGUCUACUGGAAGCCUUUACCCAUUAAUGAAGCUAAUGGAAAAAUACUUUCCUACAAUGUAUCAUGUUCAUCAAACGGGGAGACACAGUCCCUUUUUGAGAUCCUCCAUCCUCAACACAGAGCAGAGAUACAGGUUAAUAAAAAUGACUACAUCAUCAGUGUGGUGGCAAAAAAUUCUGCUGGUUCAUCACCACCUUCGGAAAUAGCUAGUAUGGAAAUCCCAAAUGAUGACAUCACUGUAGAGCAAGCGGUUGGGAUAGGAAACAAGAUCUUCUUCACCUGGCGUCACGACCCCAACAUGACUUGUGACUACGUAAUUAAAUGGUGCAACUCGUCCCGGUCUGAGCCCUGCCUCCUGGAUUGGAUAAAGGUUCCUUCAAACAGCACUGAGACUGUCAUAGAAUCUGAUCAGUUUCAGCCAGGAGUUAGAUAUACCUUUUACCUCUACGGGUGCACUAACAAGGGAUACCAACUGUUACGUUCUGUAGUUGGAUACGUAGAAGAAUUGGCUCCAAUUGUUGCACCAAAUUUUACUGUGGAAGAUACGUCUGCAGAUUCGAUCUUAGUGAAAUGGGACGACAUCCCUGUGGAAGAGCUUCGAGGCUUCCUGAGAGGGUAUUUAUUUUACUUUCAGAAAGGAGAGAGAGAUAUGCCUAAGACAAGGAGCUUGGAGACAAAUCACUCUGACAUCAAGCUAAAGAAUAUCACCGACAUAUCCCAGAAGACGCUGAGAAUCGCCGACCUGCAGGGUAAAACCAGUUACCAUCUGGUCCUGCGAGCCUAUACACACGGCGGGCUGGGCCCAGAGAAGAGCAUGUUUGUGGUGACCAAGGAGAACUCUGUGGGAUUGAUUAUCGCCAUCCUCAUCCCAGUGGCCGUGGCUGUCCUUGUUGGCGUGGUAACAAGCAUCCUCUGCUAUCGGAAGCGAGAAUGGAUUAAGGAAACAUUCUACCCUGAUAUUCCCAAUCCAGAAAACUGUAAGGCAUUACAGUUUCAGAAGAGCAUCUGCGAGGGAAGCAAUGCUCUUAAGACACUGGAAAUGAAUCCCUGUACCCCAAAUAACGUUGAAGUCCUGGAAUCUCGAUCAAUAGUUCCUAAAAUAGAAGAUACAGAAAUAAUCUCCCCAGUUGCUGAGCGUCCUGGGGAGAGCUCAGAAGCAGACCCGGAGAACCAUGUGGUUGUGUCUUACUGUCCGCCUAUCAUUGAGGAGGAAAUAACGAACCCCGCAGCUGAUGAAGUGGGAGGGGCUUCCCAGGUCGUGUACAUUGAUGUGCAAUCCAUGUAUCAGCCACAAGCCAAACCGGAGGAAGAACAGGACAUUGACCCCGUGGUUGUGGCAGGCUAUAAGCCACAGAUGCGCCUCCCCAUUAACCCUGCUGUGGAAGACACAACAGCAGAAGAUGAAGCAGAUAAGACUGCAGGUUACAGACCUCAGGCCAAUGUAAAUACUUGGAAUUUGGUCUCCCCAGAUUCCCCGAGGUCCACAGACAGCAACAAUGAAGUUGUCUCUUUUGGAAGCCCGUGCUCCAUCAAUUCCAGGCAAUUUUUGAUUCCUCCUAAAGAUGAAGACUCUCCUAAAUCUAAUGGAGGAGGGUGGUCCUUUACAAACUUCUUCCAGAACAAACCAAAUGACUAACCAGGCCACCCUUUGCCACUUCAGUCUGCCAUCUCAGUAAGCCCUCCCUGCCGCUGUCACAGCAGCAGCUGGGGCAUUUCUGGAGGGACCCUGCAGAUGUUGAUAACCAGGGACCUUCAUUCUGGGCAAGUGACACUAGAAGUGUUAAUGUGCUUUUAAUGUAUCCUAAAAGCCAGAGUGCAGUAACUCAGCCCUCAGCUACAGAAACUCAAGAUUUGGAGCUGUUUUUGAUUGAGCCAAAGAAUCCUCCCGAAGGAUCUCAAGACUAACUGUGUCUAGUACAUUCAUGCUAAACAAAUCUCACAACUGUUUUCUGUUGUUAAUGGUUUUCUCAUCUUUGUGUGGUAUGGAAUUGCAAGUGGAUUUAUAGGCAAGGGAGAAAAAAAAGUCCAAGUCAAAACAACGUCAGUUUGCCUGACAUUUACUGCGGUCUAGAGGAAAACCAAGCACAGAUUCUAAAACUUUGAUGAUGUCUCUAUCCACAGCAUUUACAAAAGCAAAUCUAGUUUUUAAUGUAGCAGCAGCUAUCUGGUGUUCUGUUUGAUAAAGCGUGCUGGUUUCUGUGCCUACUGUAUAAUGGUUAUCAAACAGUUGUCUCAGGGGUACAAACUUGGAAAAGCAAGUGUGACGCCGACUAGCCGGAAUCGGCAUCACACGGUCCUGCUUUUGAGAGGUGUGAAAACCUUUCUCCUAUCACGUAGCUUGCACGAUAGCUUCCAUUAGUACACUCGAUUGCCCUAAUGUUGAAACUAGCACUAUAUCCAAGUUUUCUCUACUUGCUUUGUGUUAUUUUAUAGGGUCUGUCUGCUUCGUAAGAGCAAACUCAUCAUUAUUUACAGGUAUAUAAUUGUAAUGAGUUACUACAUAAGAUGACUACUAAGAAAUAGCUAGUGGUGUGUGCUGACUGCAUAGCUGUGAUUAGGCUCAGUUCCCCAUGAGAGGAUAGGGCAUUAAGCCUAACCAAUAGCUGGCAUGAUCUCUGAGGCUUCUCAGUAGCUUUCCGUACUGCUCGUGAGUCACUGCUCCGUCAGGCAGUUGGGGGUCCAGAGUCUCAGACCCUGCCUUCAGAUCCUUAAACUUAAACAAAAAGGGAGAUAACUUCCCCCUGGAGCAGGUGGUGACUUUGUAAUAGAGGUCAUAAAACUUUCGGAAUUGGUAGGUAGUGGCCUGCGAUUGUUCUGUCAGCAAUGAAGAGGCAGGUCCUGAGCACAGCACCCUCAAUACACCCUGGUUUCUCAUCAGCAAAGUGUAUAGUAAAUGUGAUUCUUAGAAAAGCAGUAGAAACCUAAAAUGUAUGUCAUAUAUUUGCUCUACCUUUGGGUUGGAAACACCUGAGGAGUAGACGACCUUUGUUUGUAUCAUCUAAAGUCCCCCAAAUCUUGCAGAUAUUGGAUUGUCCUUUUAGUUCAGAUUUUAUCUCUUUAUUUUUAUUUUUUAUUUUUUUGCGAUAGGGUCUCAUUCUGUAGCCCUGGCUGUCCUGGAACUCACUAUGUAGAUGAAGCUGGCCUCAAACUCAGAGAUCCACACCUGUCUGUCUCCCAGGUGCUGGUCUGUACGCCACCAUGCCUGGCCUCUUAUUUUGUCUUCUAAAGAAUCAUGUGGGGGAAAAAUACAGGAUGACAAGGGACAAAAUCAGGAUCCUGUUUUUAACCCUAGGGUUCAUCUACAUUUUGGAGUUUCAUGAUAUGAUGGUAUGUGGAAUGAAAUACAAUUAGUCAUGCAAUUAUAUAGUAUAUAAAAGGUAGAUGGUAGUAACUCUUAGAAAUUUUCAGUACUGAAAAAUAUUCCAGACCAGAGCCAUCACCAAAGAGUUUUUGUCUUCCUUGUGCCUUCUUUGGCUCCACCCUCCUCCCAGCCACUCUGAGCCCUGGUUGCCUCCUCGCCCCUCCCCCCACCCCAUCCCUGACCCCUACUUCCUGCCACAUCUUGUUACUGCUAUGCUCUGUUUGCCCUCAGCUCAGGCCUUGUUCCCCAGUGAAGCUUAUCAGUUUCGUAUUCCCAUCUAAUUGGGAUGCAUGUCUGUGAAGGUUCUAGCUUAUCACUCUGAACUACAUCAAUCUGGGAACACAGGGAAAGGUCAGAAGAAAUGGACUCAUCCUGUCCAAAGAAGUCCUUUUGAUGUGGGUGUCUAAAGUGUUGGAAGUUUAGAAUGCUGCUCAUCCCACCCUGCCUCUCAAGGACCACUGAGCUAUAGCGAAGCAGGAUAGCCCUGGAUUCUUGUUGGAGAGUGUGACGUAGGACUAAGGCCAAGGCAGCUUCUUUUGUCUUUUCCCAUUGAAGUGAAUCCCUGCAUCCCUGGAUGGUGUAGUUAUUACCUCUGCACUUGUGCAUAGAGUAGCUUAAACAGGAAAAGGGUGGGGAGAAUAAGAACACCGCCACCCUUACUACCUGUCUCAUUGUUUGGGACUUUGGUACGUGUGGGCUGCAGAAUCAGUGCAAGGGUCGUUUGCAUCCUUCCGUGCAAGGUGGCCUCAUAGUGGGUAUGCUCUGAAGUCAGGGGCGCUGUGAGAGGGGAGGCUACAUGUGUCCCAGCUCUUAGGAAAAGGAGAGAAAUCAUUCCUUCCUAAGAGCCCAGUCAUUGGCCAGACAACUCCAGAUAUCUCGACCAGAAUUAGCUUUCUUUCUAUCCGUUGAACAGAACCACAUACACAUGUUGCCACCCUUUGGCAAGCCAGUUUCAUUCACACUUCCCUGGCGAGAAGUGGAGAUUGGGCGUAUCUUAAUGCUUAGGAGUGGCCAUUUUAAAUAACAUCUAAUUUAAAAGAACAUUCUUAAAUACUUAACUAGACUCUUUGAGUUUUAUGCUCCAUUAAUUAGUGCACUUCACACGAACCUUCCGAAUCUUCCCAUUGGUUGAACCUGUAGUCUCCCAGACUUGAGCCGGCAGCCCUGCAUAUCUGGACCGUGGGGCUGUGUUUCUGAGCUGGGUGAUAGAGGUGCUUUUGUUCCCGUAGCUGGCAACAGAAGCCGCCAUUCAUUGGGAAGCUCGAGGGAGGAACCGUCAGCCUCGGUUUUCACAUUAGCCUUGCUUUCAUGGUUCAGGAAACUGGAAGGAUUGCAUUCCAAACACCCAACAGUAUCCUACUCAGACAUGACAGUAGGAAGUCAGUUUCAGAAGUUCUUGCAAACUGAACUCUUGUCAGGAAUCUCUCCUGUCACAGUAGUCCUGCCUGUAUUGAUCAGCUAUCGCAGCCCUUUCUGUGCUCAGUAUACCUAAUUUAGUGAAAGCUUCCUCCCGAUAGAAAUUUGAAGUCAGUGUGAUGGUAUUUUGCAAUUAAAGUACCCCUUCACAUGUCCAUAUGCAGAAAGUAUUAUCUCAAAGUCUCUUACUGCUUAGGCGCUUACUCUGAUAAAACUUGUUGUGUUUGCACUAAGGUAAUUUCUACUGUUUCCUAUUUAAAACUGGGUUGAAAUGAGUUAAAUGGCCUUUUAAAGGAUCCCGAAAGUGCAAUACUUGGCAUCUCAAGUGAAGUGUGGGGGAUGGGCCAGUAGCUGCUAAUGCCAGGGACACAGUGAGAGUUCAGUGUCUGUAUUGAUGGAGUCCCUUUCUAGAGUGUGACAGAUUAAGCGGAACCGUCUUGAAGGAUGGUAGAGAUUAAGAUGUGAAUCACAUAGAUAAGAAACGGCUGAAAGGUUUGGAUCCAUUGUGGAAACAGCCCCACAGUGUGAGAGGAAACUGAAGACUCACCAGACCUCUCAUUAGAUACUGUCAGCACCCUGUUGUUUGCUUUUAUCUAAUGAGCACUCAGCUUGGAGAUGCAUCUGUACUGAUCUGGUGUGUGUUAUGUCAAGUAACGUGCGGGAGCUUAGUUGAUCAGUAGAAGAACUCAUUGUCUUGGCAAGGUAUUUCAAGGCAUUUCCUUGAAUUGAAUUGAUAUUUUCUGCUAAAAAAGUUUCAUGCUGUCAUACCUGUCUUACCUCUGUGUUCAGAACAAAAAAUUUACAGAAGUGGGGGCAAGCAAAAAACUUGUGACCAAGCUUACCAGACAUUAAUCUUUUAGAUGUAACCCUAGAAUAGAAUAUCCUUCAAAUUCAUCUAGCUUGAAUCAUGGAUUCUGUCCAGUGCUAUUCACACUGUUUAAGCCUCUUGGUUUACUAGGGUUGUUAGAUUUUUACCCCCUUUCAAUUAGUCCCCUUAACAUUGAGCUGAGCAGUACCAAGUUUUGUCUUGUUUUUCCUCUUGUUAGAGUUUCUGGGGUUAUCAUGUGGCCUAGAAUAUCCACAUGCUUCUAAUUAUGAUAUGAGAUUGUGACUGGAUCAGGUUGUCCUUAACCAAAGUAGUGCUUGUUCUCCUGUAUUAUGAAUGACAGUUUUUGUCCAAGGUGUAAAUAGAAUUUGCCUAAGUUAAAUUCUAACUGUGGCAUACUUUUAUUAUAAAUAAACCAUAUCUGAUUGCACAUUAAACAAGUAUGCAAUUUUUGGUUGCUGGAACUGAAUACUUUAAAAAUGAAAAGAACAUGCUGAGGAUAAGAGACAAGAAAAAUAAUGUUAUUUGAUUCAUAUGGGUCUUCAAGAUCACCCUUGUAUUAGACAAUCAACAUGAACAGAAAUCCAACUGUUAUAGACAUUUUGCUGUACUUACGCCUAGAAUAUUUGGUACAUCUAAAUUGGCUGCCUACUUAAAUUUAUUCUGUUUCCUUAUAUGCACUUUUAUUUUUAAUUAUUCCAUCUUAAAUGGGCAGUUUCAACUUCCUAACUAACCUCAAGAUCCAGUAGCAUAUCCUUAGAGAUCAAAAUGUUCUUAGGUAGUCAUCCCAUCUUCCUUAAGUCAUAAGGAGUCCUUUGGCAGGUGGUCACAGGACAAAACACUGAAAGGAACUCUUCAGAGGACGCUCUCCCUUUUUGAAGGACAGUUUUCAGAUAGUAUUCUCCCUGUUUGAUCCAAACACAUUCACUGUCUUUUCCCAUUAGGUCAAUUGUAAGCACCCACUUCCUCCCGCUUGCUCUUCUUUCUGAUGUAUUCCUUAACAAAGUAUGAAUAGCAUGGUGAAGCGUUGAAGAAUAAGCCCUGUUCAGCUCCUUGUGGUGGGGUAGAUGUUAGAAGGUACCCCCAAGGCACAACCGCUAAAAGACAUUCUAUUCAGAGUUGCUUUGAAAAGGUUGUUCUGGAUAGAGAGAUACACUAAGUCCGAGAUGAUACCAACUUACAGGCCUGUUCAAAGGUUAAAGGAAAUCCUCAGUGUUCCUAGGAACAUUUUUAAAAAAUUAUUUUACCAGAUCUUUCAUUAGCAGAGAGGCCAUCGGCCAUCUUCCCCAUAACACUAAGAAAUUGCCAUUUUUUUUUCCUUUCAGAUUUGCAUUACAGUGCAUUACUGUUUACAAGACACACAUACUGUGAACAGAUCUAAGUCUUUGUCUUUUGUAAGGUUUGUAGAAUGAAUGUUGUUUUAAAGAUGGUGUUAUGUUAAAUAUCUUUAGGUCUCUAUAAAUGCUAGCUCCUGUUUACUAACUUUUGUUUGGUCAGAUGUGUGUCCAUGUAGCUGAACGAAGAUAGAAAUUGCAGUUUGCAUACACUUUUCCCUUUUUUGUUUCUUGCCAAAUUACCACUACAGACCUGAUUGUGUUAAAUCAAAGGAUUGGUUAUGAUGUGCAAUACCUAAAAUCAUGUUCAGUCCUAUAAACAAUCUUCUCAAUGCUGACACACAGGAAUAAAUUAGAUUGAUGUGUGUGUCUCUGUGACUCACUACGACUCAAGAGAUUCUGAAUUGAGUAUGGAAUGAAACAAUACUCACAGAGAUUGACAGCGGAGGCAUUUCCAACUUUGUGAAAUGUUAUGUCGCUGUUAAAAUUUGAUCCCUUUAUAGCAUAAUUUCAGAAUUUUAGCUUUCAUAUCUUUUGGGAAACAAGAUUAUCACAAGAACAUAAAUUGUGUAAAUAACCUAUUACUAAGACUGCAAAUAUAGAACUAGUAUCGCUUGGCUGUUGAUUAUAUAAAGAUGUUACCUAUGUCUGUUUUUAAAACAUGCAUGUAUUUAACAAUUUUAUCAUAGUAUUGUCAUGGAAAAAAUAAAUAUAUUUUCUUACAUCUUACCCUA